AUGUUCUCUAAAGCAUUCUUCUCGACCGUCGCCGCAACAGCACUCUUCGCGGGUUCUGCUUCUGCCAUUUGUCCCGGGUACAACUUCGGUAUCACCCAGACUGGAAGCAACACGAACCCCGACUACGGCAUUUUUGGCAUGUUCGACUGCAGUCCUGCGCCGAUCACCUUCACUGGCCUGCACCUUGAUGGCCUGAAGCUUGCCGGUCCGACGUUGACUCCGGUUCUUGCAACGGCCACGCUAUCCAAGCCUGUUGCCGCAAUGAUAGCGAUUGACUAUGGGAAGAUCUUCAGAUUACGGACACCGCAAGACUGGAAUGAUUGA